AUGGCGUUUCUCUUACUGAAAGGCAUUCCGAGUCUUGCCGGUCACAAUCAAGCGCCUCAAGCUGAUCCAGAUGAUUUUGUUGAUAGACUUAACUACCGUUACACCGUUAUUUUACUUAAUGUUUUCUCAGCUAUUGUUACAAAUCGACAAUUUAGUUCCAAGCAAAUUCAAUGUUGGGUACCCGCAAUGUUUACAUCUGGCUACGAAGAUUAUACAAAUCAUAUAUGUUAUAUUACAAACACUUAUUAUGUCAAUCAAACACAAAAAAUCCCAGGUACACGUGCCGAACGACAAAGUCUACAAUUACUUUAUUAUCAAUGGAUACCUUUUAUUCUCUGCUUUCUAAGCAUCCUUUUCUACAUUCCAAAUCUUUUCUGGCAAUCCCUUAUGAGCCGUAGUGGUCUGGAUUUAAAAGAUAUCAUUGAAGCUGGCAAAAGUUACAAAUCAAUUGAUAGAAUGGAUAAAAGACGUAAAAUCAUGAAUUAUAUAAUUGCCUCUAUUGAUGAAUUUAUUGAUGAUCCAAGACGUGGAAGAGAAAAUCGACAUAUCAGUUUAUUGAAACGUAUUCAAGCAAUAUUUUGUUGUAUGUAUGGAAAAUUUCAAGGCAAUUACUUUAUGAUGGUUUAUUUAUUAACAAAAUUUCUUUAUGUUGUUAAUUCUAUUGGUCAAUUAGCAAUAUUAAAUGAAAUGCUUGGAAUAAAAUAUUAUCGUUAUGGUUUAGAAUUGCUACAAAAAUUAAUUUUACUCAUUCAAAAUCAACCGCUUCAGCAUUCAUAUAGACAACAAGGUGGACUUUCAAAAUAUUUUCCUAAAGUAACACUAUGUGAUUUUGAAGUACGUGAACCCAAUCAUUUGUAUAAUUCACAUCGAUAUACAGUUGAAUGUGUAUUACCGAAUAAUCUUCUAUUUGAACAAUUAUUUACAUUUUUAUUUUUUUGGUACACUAUGAUAGUUAUUUUAAAUAUAAUUUCAUUGUUAACAUGGUCUUAUUCAUUUAUUCGACCAGUUCGAAUAAAGUACGUGACGACAAGAUUAAAAUUAAUAUUAAUAAGACAUUUACGAAAAUGCAUAACAAGUACUGACCAAAACAAUCCCGAACAACAACAACAACAACAACAGACUAUAUCUAAUGAUUCCCUAUUAUAUCGUGAUGAUUCUCAUUUGGAUUUUGCUCAUGAUUAUUUAAAAUGCGAUGGUAUAUUUGUACUUCGUUUACUAGAAACAAAUACAUCAGAUUUUGUUGUAACACACGUUAUUGAAGAAUUAUUUUAUUCAUAUGAACGAAAAGCGUCACAACCAGUUGUUCUUGAUGGACUUGCUAAAAUGAUGUCAACACUUGGUCCCGAUCAAGGUUUAUUAAGUUUAGGGAAAUUACUUUUUUUACCCGUUAUGUCUGAUUCGAAAAUGGCUGCUGCAUUUGGUAUGGGAUCAACGACAACAGGAACUAGGACUACGAAUAAGACUAUGGCUACUGCUAAUAGUAAUAUGCUUCUUCCUAGUUUAGUAACAACAACAACAGUUGAUGAAAAUUUACGAAAUGUACCAAAAUUACUUGCACCGCCAACUCCAACUCGUCGACGAGUAAUAACACAUGAAAAACAAUCUCCCACCGGUUCGAUUAUAGAACCUGUCGAAGCUGUUCAACGAACUUCAUUAGUAACAACGAACGAACUAAAACCAAGUGUUGAUGCAGUAACUGAAAUUUUACGUGAACGCCGACAAAAACUUAAACAAAAAAAAUGA